AAUUAUUUCGAAUGAAUUAAGGGUUCAGAAGUGGAGGCAGGGGUCAAUAUCUCAAGACGACAUUUUGAGGCUUCACGAUAAAACUCCAAAACUCGAGAAUCCGAUUUCAGAUCAAACCGGGAAUCCUGUCUCGAUGCUGUAUGAACAUUGUAAGAAACGAAAGUGGUCUGAACCUUUAUUUGAAUGCGUGUCAGAGGAGAUUUGUGGAGAACGGAGAACAGAGCAAGGAUUUAUGCUCAGGAAGACGAACUUCACUCUGCAGUGCAUCGUGAAGGUUGGGAACGGGAAGGGCGAGGUCAUAGACGAGAAAAUUUUCUUCGGUACUGCACUAACCAAGAAGCAAGCUAAAACACAGGCGGCCACGGCUGCUUGGGCAGAUAUUUCACAGGGAUUGAAUAAAUCAACCUCAUCUGCUCCUGCUCCUACCCUUCCACCAGGAGCCAACCCAAUCAAAGAACCUGGAAGUAUAUAGGAAAGGGGGCGCGAAGCUCCAUAAAAGCCUAGUAUUAUAGAUCUGCGAGAGCAAGAAAUCUGGAACAAAUCUGAUCGAGUCUUAAACAUCGUUGAAACUACUUUUUUUACAAUCAGGAUUUUGAAAUUUAUUUAGUUAUCUAGUCGUCUCAUUCGUCAUAGUCGGUAUAUAUGGUUUGUCUUUGCUUCGACUCUCCAAAGAAACAAAGUAGAAACCCUUGAUUUAAAGCCAAAUACAAUCCUUAAACGCAGCUAAAUUGUUUUAUGAAUUUCUCUUGCCAAUCUUACAGAAUUCAGCUAUAAGAAAAAAAUCUUGUCUUGCAUUUCUAUAAAUUCAGUUGAUGUCAAUUAAAGUCAGUGUGCACAUUUUGUACAGUCAGUCAAAUAUUUGAAUUGUACAAUCCUCCAGAACUGCACAUAAUAAAUUCAGUCAAUUCCUGUAACUAAAUUUGCAGUUUAUAGUGUUAUUCUGAAUGUUAAAUAUUUUGUAGAAAACCACCCAUGUGAAUUGUAAAAAAAACUUAUUUAAGAAAAUUACUCAAAAUUGUGAUAAACAAUGUUUUUUUUAAUCUGUUUUUGUUUUUUUGUCAGAUAAUAUGUGCCCCCUCCCUUUCACUUCUAAUCGCAGUCAUUGCCCCAUUAACCCGCCUCCCUUCACUUUCCUUCCACUCCCAUCCCCCCCCCCCCCCCAUCCAAAUCACAUGUAUCCCUUUCUGGCACUGAGUAGCACCCCUUUCAUUAGUAAUGCUGCUUCACUAAUAAAUCUGACUUUUAUGUUGUUUUUUCUUCGUCGAAAAACAUGGUUUUUGUGAGCUGUUAUUUUUAUUUUGCACCAUCUUCUAGACAUUGUUUAAAUUGGAAUAAAAUAGAAGUUUUUCUCAUCAAUUUAUUAAAUUCAUUUUUUAAAUCACCUUUGAACACAUUUUCAAUUCUGCGGUUUAUUAACGAACUGCAAAUUGUAAAUUCCCUUCUGGUAUUUGUGUGAUUUAUUAAAAAAUCAGGCUUUAAUAUUGGACGAGUUUAGUUUUUUUUCUACGAUUUAAGAAGAUAUCAUGUGUAUAGUAAUAUGUAAUUAUGUCUUUGGUAUUUUUUGUUAAUUUUUAUUUAGGAAUAUAAUCUGCGAUUUUUAGAUAAAAUGGUUGAAUCUCUGAAUGUUUAAGGGUUAACGUAACUUAAUCUGAAAAGGUGAAUGGUAAAGAAAAAUGGCCGAUACAGCUGAAUCAGGAAACAAAAUGGCGUCUGAGGGAACAAAGAAAGACGAUCCAGAUCUGGAGAGUACUAUGGAACCUCUAGUGCUCUGUAAAGAAAAUGAAGGUGGUGUACAUGUAGAGGAGAAUGCGUUGACCAAGGUGUGCCGGUUAUUGAAGAGCAAGGAAUUCUGGAAGGCUAGGUUCCCCUGUUCAUACUGGAUUCCAGAAUACAGAUUCUCUACGUUUAUAGGAGACACAAUAGCAGGAACUACUACAGCGUUAACAGUAAUACCUCAGGGAAUUGGAUACGCGCCUUUGGCUGGAUUACCGCUUCAGUAUGGACUAUAUGCCAGUAUUCUACCAGGAUUUAUUUAUGCUGUUUUUGGCACAACAAAAGAAUUGUCCGUAGGGCCUACUGCUGUGAAUGCCAUUAUGUCUUUCAACUACGCCGGAUCUGAUGCCGGGAAGGCCGCCACCCUCGCCCUCUUUACCGGGAUUAUUGAGUUCAUCAUGGGAUUCUUAAACCUAGGAUUUCUUUUACAUUUCGUCUCUGAUCCGGUCAUUACAGCUUUCUCAUCAGCUGUCGCAAUUCAGGUGAUCACCUCCCAGAUCAAGGGACUGUUCGGGAUAAAGUAUCCGGCUAGAGGCUUUCUCAAUGUCUGGAUCGGACUCUUCCAGAAUAUCAAGAAGACAAGUUUGCCAGAUCUUGGUUCUGGAGUGGUCUCUAUACUGAUACUUUUCAUGAUAAGGAAACUGAAAGAAUGUAAAGUGUGUGAAGGUCCGGACCCUAAUGCUAUGAGAGCAAAAGUUAUCAAAAAAAUAAAAUGGUUUUUAUCAAUUUCCGCCAACUGCAUCAUUAUCAUUAUUGAAUGGGUUGGUGUAGAAGAAACCAGCAUCAAGGAAAUCCUUGAUUCAAGAGACCCAAUCCAAAUACUGCAGGAUCUUGGCACUGGUCUAGUGAUGCUUCCUUUGGUCAGCCUUCUUCAGCACUUGGCGAUAGCUAAACAUUAUGCAGGUUCUAAGAAGAUGAAAGCAUCCCAGGAAAUGUCAGCGCUAGGUCUGAUUCAGAUUGCUGGAUCAUUUGUGGGUUCCAUGUGUGUCACAGCAUCAUUCGGCAGAUCAGCUGUUAAUGCUUCCUCAGGGGUGAAGACACCUUUUGGAGGAGUUAUCACAGGGUUAAUAAUUAUCCUGGCCUGUGCUGUUCUGAGCACCUACCUCAAGUACAUCCCGACCUCAAUCCUCUCAGCAGUCAUCAUCUUCUCGAUGUUCUCAACGAUUGAUGUCAAUCUUCUGAUCACCCUUAUCAAGACAAAGAGUAUUGACCUUCUCCCAUGUCUGGUAACAUUUCUUCUUGGUUUGUUCUACUCAGUAGAGAGCGGUCUCAUCAUUGGAACCUUGAUUCACUCCCUUCUAGUUGUUUAUCUUUCAACCAGGUUGAAGGUUUGUGUGAAGGAUGAGGAUAAGUUCACUAUUAUCCAACCUGACAGAGAACUCUUCUAUCCAUCAGUAGACUCACUAAGAUCUACCCUGAACGAAGCUGCUAAGCGUAAAAUGCCAAUAUUAGUGGAUUUAAGCCGGUCAACAUACCUGGACUACAGUUCAUCCACGACCCUGAUUGCGUCUAUUAAGUCCAUUGAGAAGUCAGGGACUAAGGUUCUCCUGGUCCUAGCAGAGGACCAGGCCCAGGCUCUAGGGGGACCCUUGACCGGACUCAAUUUCUACUAUUCUGUGGAGGACGCUACUCUAGAGAUUAUUGCGUAAUUUUUACCAUUGGUUUUGGUGUUUUUAUGCAGAGAAACCUGUAAAUGUGAGCAUAGUGUUGAUUAAGACUCCAAGUGCCAUAUUGACUGUCAAUACAGUGGUCAGAAAUAGCAUAUAUAUGUAUAUAUAAUUCGGUUACUAAAAUGGGGAUAAAAUUCAAUUUCAGUUCCUGCUAAUCCAUUGAAGAUGGGCGCGAAGCGCCCUCUAAGGCUGGUAAUAUAAAAUUGCAGAAAAUUACCCGAGGAAAAUCAUUCACUAAACUAAACAUUUAGAAUACAUGGUUACCCACAUAAGGUAAGACUUUAAAUGACGACCUUAAACUCUUCAUAUGACACUCUGAAGGCGAGGCUAGAAUAUUUCAAUGGAAUAUUUAAUGAUUUUUAAAAGAAAUAAACAAGUUUACAGCUGUAGG